AUGUCGACAGCGGCGCGGAGGAGACUGAUGCGCGACUUCAAGCGCAUGCAGACCGACCCUCCUGCCGGCGUGAGCGCGAGUCCGAUUUCGGAUAAUGUGAUGACUUGGAACGCAGUAAUCAUCGGCCCCUCGGACACGCCCUUCGAAGACGGCACCUUCCGCCUCGUCAUGCACUUUGAAGAACAAUACCCCAACAAGCCGCCCGGCGUGAAAUUCAUCUCCACCAUGUUCCACCCCAACGUCUACGCCUCCGGAGAGCUGUGUCUGGACAUCCUGCAGAACCGCUGGAGCCCGACGUACGAUGUGGCGGCGAUUCUGACGAGCAUUCAGAGCUUGCUGAAUGAUCCGAAUACGAGCAGUCCGGCGAAUGUGGAGGCGAGUAAUUUGUAUAAGGAUAGUUGGAAGGAUUAUCGGAAGAAGGUUAGGGAGACGGUGGAGAAGAGUUGGGAGGAUUGA